AUGACGUUCCUGGACUGGGGGCCGUCCAUUCUGCCUGCGGGAGGCCUUCCAGUCCCAGAAGGCUCUGGCAGCUGCCCCAUAAAGAGCCCUGGGGACGUGGAGAAAGCGAAGGGAUCAGAAGCAGAAUCCAGGAAUAGUGACAGCAGCGUCUCCAUCAAGUGCUCUCACAAUCCCGCAAACGGUCGCAAGCCCGCAGCACGUUUCCCAGGAACCGACCCCCGUGGCGCGUCCCGGUUUCCACAACAGGCCUCCUCCAGAGGGGGCGCUCUGACGCGCUCGGGUAACGCUGCGCCACGGCGCGGGGAACGCUCUUAUCGUCGCCCCCUGUUGCAAGCUGUGGGGGGGGCGGCGGAAAGCAUUAGGGACUACGACGAGGUGAUUGCCUUCGUGGGCGAGUGGGGGCCGUUCCAGAGCCUCACCUUCUUUCUGCUCAGCGCCAGCAUCAUCCCCAACGGCUUCAAUGGCAUGUCAAUCAUGUUCCUGGCGGACCCGUAGCACCGCUGCCGGGUGCCGGACAGCGCGAACCUGAGCAGCGCCUGGCGCAACCACAGUGUCCCGCUGAGGCUGCAGGACGGCCAGGUGCCUCACAGCUGCCGGCGCUACCGGCUCGCGGGGAUCGCCAACUUCUCGGCUGGGCUGGAACCCGUGCUCGAUGUGGACCUGGAACAGCUGGAGCAGGAGAGCUGCCUGAAUGGCUGGGAGUUCAGCCAGGACGUCUUCCUGUCCACCAUCGUGACCGAGUGAAACCUGGUGUGUGAGGGAGACUGGAAGAUGCCCCUCACCUCCACCUCCUCCCUGUUCUUCGUGGGCGUGCCCCUGGGCUCCUUCAUGUCCAGGCAACUGUCAGACAGGUUUGGCAGGAAAAACAUCCUCUUCGCCACCAUAGUGGUGCAGACUGGCUUCAGCUUCCUGCAGAUUUUCUCUGUCAACUGGGAGAUGUUCACUGUGUUAUUUGUCAUCGUCAGCAUGGGCCAGAUCUCCAACUACGUGGUGGCCUUCAUACUAGGCACAGAAAUUCUUGGCAAGUCAGUGCAUAUCACAUUCUCCACAUUAGGAGUGUGCACAUUUUUUGCACUUGGCUCCAUGCUGUUGCCACUGUUUGCUUACUUCAUCAGAGACUGGCGGACGCUGCUGCUGGCGCUGACCGUGCCCGGGGUACUGUGUGUCCCAGACAGACCCCCGCUGCAGGCCAGCGCAGCCUGGGGCCCGGAGCCUGGGGCUGACCGAUGGCUGAUAUCCCAGAGGAGAUUCGGAGAGGCGGAAGCGAUCAUCCAAAAAGCUGCAAAAAUGAAUAGCACGGCUGGGCCGGGGGUGAUUUUUAAUCCCGCGGAGCUAAAACCCCUGAAGCAACAACAGAAAGCCUUCAUUCUGGACCUGUUCAAGACUGGGAACAUUGCCACCAUAACCAUCAUGUCUUUGCUGCUGCGGAUGCUGACCUCAGUGGGUUACUUCGCUCUGUCUCUCACCUCUCCUAGUUUACACACGGAAUGCCUGAACUGCUUCCUCUCUGCCUUGAUGGAGGUCCCAGGGUCCAUCGCAGCCUGGCUGCUGCUGCGAACCCUGCCCAGGCGUUGCAUCAUAGCUGGAGUGCUCCUCCUCAUUCAGUUGGUACCUGCAGAUUACAACUUCUUCUCUGUCAGCCUGGCGAUGUUAGGGAAGUCCGUCACCUCCGGCUUCUCCAUGCUGUGGGUCUUCACCGCCAAGCUCUACCCAACACUGGUCAGAACCAUGGGUGGGGUCACACCCAUGGCGUCCAGGGUGGGCAGCUUCAUCGCUCCCUACUUUGUGUACCUGGGAGCCUUCCACAGACCGCCCUACAUCCUCGUGGGCAGCCUGACCAUCCUGAUCGGAACCAUCACUCUGUUUUUCCCUGAAAGUUUCAGAGUAACUCUACUAGAGACCUUAGAGGACAUGCAGAAAGUGAAAUGGAAAUUACAGAUUUAUGAGCUCUAUAUUGGGAGUGGGGACAAAAAGCAAAUAUCUUUCUAUGGCACCACAGAUUGA